CAAUAGUGCCUGUGCAUAGGCGGGUACAGUGCACUGCGUUUCCCUUUGACUGCACCAGCGUGGGGAGUCUGUGCGAGGAUUGACAGAAAAAUAUAAGAACGAUUAACUUGUAGCCCUUUCAGAAUGGACUCAUCGCUGACUGCUGCUCAGAUCCGGGAGAAAUUCAUUGACUUCUUCCGUCGCCAUGAACACCAGUAUGUCCACUCGUCCGCCACCAUUCCGCUGGACGACCCCACGCUGCUCUUUGCCAACGCAGGCAUGAAUCAGUUCAAGCCUAUUUUCCUAAACACCAUUGACCCCUCCCACCCCAUGGCAAGGCUGAAACGUGCUGCCAACACACAGAAGUGCAUCCGUGCCGGCGGCAAGCACAACGACCUGGACGAUGUGGGCAAGGACGUGUACCACCACACCUUCUUUGAGAUGCUGGGCUCCUGGUCCUUUGGUGACUACUUCAAGCACCUUGCCUGUACGAUGGCCUUGGAGCUACUGACUAAGGAGUUUGGGAUUCCCAUCGAGCGUCUAUACGUGACCUACUUUGGAGGUCAUGAAGAAGCUGGGCUGGAGCCAGACCUGGAGUGCAAACAGAUCUGGUUGGACCUUGGGAUGGACGAGGCUCGUAUUCUACCCGGUAGUAUGAAAGACAACUUCUGGGAGAUGGGGGACACUGGUCCCUGUGGGCCCUGCAGUGAGAUCCACUUUGACCGCAUUGGGGGGAGAGAUGCUGCCCACCUGGUCAACAUGGACGACCCCAACGUGCUGGAGAUCUGGAACCUGGUGUUCAUCCAGUUCAACAGGGAGUCGGAGACGGAACUGAAGCCCCUGCCGAAGAAGAGCAUUGAUACUGGCAUGGGUCUGGAGCGUCUGGUGUCUGUGCUGCAGAAUAAGAUGUCCAACUACGACACGGACCUGUUCAUCCCCUACUUCCAGGCCAUCCAGAAGGGCACCGGAGCCAGGGACUACACUGGGAAGGUUGGUGCUGAGGACGUGGAUGGGAUUGACAUGGCCUACCGUGUCCUGGCGGACCACGCCCGGACCAUCACCAUCGCCCUGUCUGAUGGGGGCAGGCCAGACAACACAGGGAGAGGGUAUGUGUUACGGAGGAUCCUGCGUCGUGCUGUCCGGUACUCUCACGAGAAACUGGGGGCCCAGAGAGGCUUCUUUGCCACCCUCGUUGAUGUCGUGGUAGAGUCCCUGGGUAAUGCCUUCCCUGAGCUGAAGAAAGACCCCGACAUGGUGAAGGAUAUCAUCAAUGAGGAGGAGGAGCAGUUCCUCAAGACGCUCAGCAGGGGGCGCCGCAUCCUGGACAGAAAGAUCCAGAGUCUGGGAGACAGCAAGACCAUCCCUGGUGACACAGCCUGGCUGCUGUACGACACCUACGGCUUUCCCCUGGACCUCACCGCCCUCAUCGCUGAGGAGAGGGGGCUGGUGGUGGACGUCGCCGCUUUUGAGGAGGAGAAGAAGGCUGCCCAGAUUAAGUCCCAGGGAAAGGGCUCUGGGGACGCUGACCACAUCAUGCUGGACAUCUAUGCCAUUGAGGACCUUCGCAAUAAGGACAUAGCUGCUACUGAUGACACCCCCAAGUACAAUUACAAAACGGAUGACGGUGGCAAAUACGAGUUUGAGCAGGCUGUGGGGACAGUGCUGGCCAUGAGGAGAGAGAGAGCCUUUGUGGAUGAGGUGACCACUGGGCAGGAGUGUGGGGUUCUACUGGACCAGACGUCGUUCUACGCUGAGCAAGGAGGACAGAGUUUUGACGAGGGCUACAUGUUAAAGGAGAACGACUCUGGAGACGAUAAGACAGAGUUCACCGUGAAGAACACGCAGGUACGGGGAGGAUAUGUGCUUCAUAUAGGAACAGUUUACGGCACCCUGAAGGUGGGAGAUCGUGUCGUCCUGCAUGUGGACGAGGCUCGUCGGAGGCCCAUCAUGAGUAACCACACUGCCACCCACAUCCUGAACUUCGCCCUGCGGGGCGUCCUGGGGGAGGCGGACCAGCGAGGCUCUCUAGUGGCUCCCGACCGCCUACGCUUUGACUUCACUGCCAAGGGUGCUAUGAGCACAGCAGAGGUGCAACGCACCGAGGAGAUUGCCUGCACUAUGAUACGCGAGGCAAAGCCCGUCUAUGCCAUGGAUGCCCCCCUGGCAGCAGCUAAAGCCAUCCAGGGCCUGCGCGCUGUGUUUGACGAGACCUACCCUGACCCGGUGCGUGUCGUGUCUAUCGGCAUCCCCGUGGCCGACCUCCUCGCUGACCCCAGCAGCGCCGCCGGAUCACUCACCUCCAUCGAGUUCUGCGGAGGAACGCACCUGAGGAACUCCAGCCACGCCGCACCUUUUGUCAUCGUGUCAGAGGAGGCCAUCGCCAAGGGAAUCCGUCGUAUCGUGGCCGUGACAGGAGCUGAAGCGCAGAAGGCCCAGAGGAAAGCUGACGCUCUGAGACAGUCUCUGUCUGCCCUGGGGGAGAAGGUCAAAGCCCAGACUGCCCCCAAUAAGGACGUGCAGAAGGAGAUUGCUGACAUGACAGAGUCUCUGGGCAUGGCGGUGAUCUCGCAGUGGCAGAAGGAUGAGAUGAGGGAGGCUCUGAAAGGCCUGAAGAAGACCAUGGAUGACCUGGACCGUGCCAGCAAGGCUGAUGUCCAGAAACGGGUUCUUGAAAAGACCAGGGAGAUGAUUGACAGCAACCCUAACCAGCCAUUGGUAGUCAUGGAGAUGGAAAGUGGAGCCUCUGCCAAGGCUCUGAAUGAGUCUCUGAAACUGCUGAAGACCCAGUCCCCCCAGACCGCUGCUAUGCUCUUCACAGUUGACAACGACGCUGGAAAGAUUAUUUGUUUAUGCCAGGUGCCCCAGGAGACAGCCAACCGCGGUCUAAAGGCCAGUGAGUGGGUGCAGGAGCUCUGCCCUUUGAUGGACGGCAAGGGAGGUGGCAAGGAUAUGUCUGCUCAGGCCACUGGCAGGAACACGAGCUGCAUGGAGGAGGCGCUGCGGAUGGCCAACCAGUUUGCUCGCCUUAAACUGGGUGAAAACUGAGAGGAGGCCAGGGUGUGGUGAAGGACUGUGGGAAAGACUCCUGCCUCCAACCCCACCGUCCCCACUGGAAGAGUCCAGAUCGGUUCUCAGUGAUUCUGAACUGGACGUUCCAGACAGGAACAUUCACCCAUCCAAUGAUUAGAAAGGGAAGCUCCAUGGUUCUGUCUGAGGAGCAGAUGUGGCGUCGUGGGUCAUGGUUUUGACCCCAUGCACAGUUUGAUGGCUCCCUGCCAGAUAUGUGGUGGAGGGGGGUUGCUGCCUUGGUGGUUGAAUGACUUCUAGGUUUAUGACGAUGUGACCCCCCCCUUCUGUAGUAUAUAGUAGAAAUCCAUCCAUCCUCUCUUCCACUAACUAAUGAUGGAAAUCCUCAAUGGUAAAUUUCUUCUGUUCAUGGCCUGUUUGUCUCUCCAUGUUCCUGUGUUUGUGUCUUUAAACCUCCCUGACUGUGGGGACGUGGUGUCUGGCUGUCCUGCUGGAAACACACCUGUUACAGUAGCCAUGACAGACAGCGGGCUCCUUCAGCAUCAGUGCCACUAGCUGUGUAACAUAGUCUUAUGGUUUGUCUUCUAUUUUAAAAUGUAGUAUAAUAUAGUAAAUGAUUAUGACUUCAAUGAAUGACAUGACUUUGUCAGUUGUGAAAUGCAGUUAAUUGUCACUCCCUGUAAAUGCAUUGUGACUUCCAUGUGGUGCAUUCCAUGUUGAGGAAUAAAAUGACUGCUAAGGCUUGA